AUGCCUGCAAAGGAUGGCCUGAAGGACGCGGCGGCGUCGAGCGGGAAUGGCCUCGCUCAAAAACGCGACUCGAGCCUCGCUGCUAUUUUGAACAGCAGGCGCUCACGGACCUGCGGGUCUCGUGAAAACCUCCCAGACAGCUCAGGUACGGGCUUGUCUGAAGGAUGCUCGCGUUGCGACGCAGCGUCGAGUGCGGCAGCGGUGCCCACUCACACCACACACGUCUGGCUAGGAACGCCACGACGUCGUUCCACGUUACACCUGCUAGGUCGCAGCGGUUUCGUGAUGCCAGCCCAUGCCUGCAAAGGGUGGCCUGAAGGACGCGGCGGCGUCGGGCUGCGAAUGUCCCGCGCCCAAAACGCACCACCACGCCUUGCUGCAACUGUGAGCAGCAGGCGCUCACGGACCCGCGGGUCGCGUGAGACGACGCCCAGACCGCCAUCCGAAUCACUUCAGGGGUCUGGAGGACGCUCGCGUAGAGACGCAGCGUCGAGCAGUGCGCAAGCACGCUCACCACACACCCGUCCCGUAGCCUCGCAGCCAGCAAGCUACUCGCGAGGGAGGAGCUCCCUUCGGUCGAGUCGAGACGUGGGACCGCGCGGAUAUUGCAGCUGCGUCGCCGUGUGCACUGGCACGACGACCCAGCGGAAUACAGUCGGCAGCAACGGGUGUACAGACACACCGCUGCCGAGCGAUGGCGACGCACACCUUCGAGCGGUUUCGCGCACGCGCGAGGACCUUGGUGCCCGUCCUGGUAAACAUGCACCUGCGGAUGGAGAUGAUGGCGCCAUGCAGUGGGGCUGCUGGUAG